AUGAGAAAGGGGAGCAUGUGGGUCAUUUUUUAUUUAGCCUCCUACCACUCACCCUCUCUCUCCCCAUCGCUCUGGCUCUCGGUCUCCAUCCUGCCCUCUCUUUCUCUGUCUAGCCCCGAUGGGACAAUCAAAAUCCCUCCACUCCGCCAACAAGCGCAGACGCGCGCCCCAAAUUCUCUACCUACGUCUGAAAUGACAUACAGCUCUUCUCGUCUCUCGCCUUCGUCGGUUGGUUGCAGGCUUCCCGACCGGUCCACUCUUGCGUUGGCGUGUUUAUCCGGUUGCCACGCUUUCGGGCCAGGCCGACUGUUGACUCGGCCGGAGCUCGUCAGCCCUCCUCGACCUCUACCGCCUCGAAAAGAACUCGGCCCACCGGUUCGACAGGGUUACGUACAGCUGGAAGUAUUUGUUGUCCUUAAAGUGUAG